ACCCUGGUGAUCGGUUGUCCGUCCGUCGAUGAUGGUCUGAGGUAAAACAAAAAUAAGAAAGAAAAUGGAGAAAAGUCGAAGCGAAGAGUUUUCCUGUUGACUCCGCGCUUCCUGAAUCUGAAGGCGGCUGUCGAUGAGUGGCUUUCCCCUCCUCCCUCCAGUUUUCUGAGGGGGAGUGAGGGGGUAAAGUCUUGAAUACAACCGCCGCCAUGGCCGAGUUCGUGUUGCCGCGGCACAGCGCCGUGGUUGAGCGGCUCCGUAAGCGGAUCGAGCUGUGCCGCCGGCACCACACGGCCUGCGAGGCGCGUUACCAGCGGGCCUCGGCUGAGCGCCUGGACCUGGAGCGCCAGCACAGCCUGGCCCUCCACCAGCGCUGCCUCCAGGCCAAGAGCAAGCGGGCCGGCAAGCAGCGGCCUCCCCAGCCUCAGCCUCCACCGCCGCCGCCUCCUCCUCCCCCUUCAGCCGCACAGCAGGACUCGCAGGUCGGUUUCAGGAGCAGCAACCCAGGGGCCGCAACUAGCAAUGUGGACUCACCUCCAGGAGCUGCGAGUGGGGAUCAAAGCAGAACAAGCACGCUGCAGGCGCUUCACGAGAGGGUGAAGAAGAAAUUAAUGGUUGAUGGCACAUCAUUGAAUGGAGAUCAGCAAAACGGAUUUGAGGAUGGGAGCUUUUCAGGCCCUAAGAAGCUCCGAUUGAAUGGGGAAGAUGGGUCAGGACUGCUUGCGGUUAAUGCAUCUUCUAAUGGCAUGCUACCAAUGUCCCCACUGCACCAACGAGAUAAAAGAGCUGGAAUCGGGGACAGUGCGCAAAGCAACGGAAACCAUUCCUUGAGCUUGGACAAUGUGAAGAAAGAAAGUAUUCCUGACUCCAGUGUGCAGGUGAAUGGGAACUGUGAUGGUGCUGAUGGGUUCACUCUUAUUAAAGAACUUAAGCAGGAGUCUGUGUUGGAUUUACAUGGUAUGAACCCUGUAGGCACUUCUCUGUCUCAGAAUAACAUGUUUCCAGAUAUCAAUUUGAAUGAACAAGAGUGGCAGGAAUUAUUUGAUGAGUUAAACCGAUCUGUGCCGGACCAAGAUAUACAGGAUCUCUUCAAUGAAGAUUUUGAAGACAAAAAGGAUAUUGAACCUGCAGGUUCUUCUGAUCAAACAACCUUACAAGACAGCAUAACAAUAAAAACUGAGAUUUCUUCAUCUUCCUAUGAACGUGAGCAAAAGGGGCCUCCACAGAUCAGACCAUCUGCAUCAGGACCUUCAUUUUCAAGUGUUUCUGUAGCUCCUGUUAAUACAGCCCCUUCAGGGACUGGUAUUUCUCAGGCUAUGGCACAAACAUCACGCUCAACACAGCUUUCAGUAAGGUCUGACUCUAGUGUCCUGUUGCCUGGGAAGGCAGGGCCAUCUGUGGAACGGUCUCCUGCACAGCAGCUGCAGCAGAUGGCUGCUAAACAGAAGCAGAGAGCACAACUCCUACAGAAACAGCAAAUGCAGCACUCCUCAUCCAACCAGGUACCAAACUGGUCGACAGCACCUACCCAAAGCCCUCUUGGUGGACCCUACAGCCUUGAUAAACCUAACAGUCCUUCAUUGUACCCACAAGACUUCAACCAAAAGCUUCCAAUGACCAGUGUGCAGCCAAAGAGCUCUCCAAAAGCUGGUGGUAACUACCUCCAGGCAAACCAUGUCCCAAUGUUAAACCAUCAGCCGAAUACUUUGGGUCAAAAUUCCACAAACAGCCAGGCUCCACUGCUAAGCUAUGCCAACACUAAACGGUUAACUCAUUUUGAAAUGGAUAACAAUCCAAGGGCUGUGCUACCUAACCACAACAAAGCUGCAAUGUUUUCCUAUGUGCGACACCCGCAAACACUUUCCCAUCUCAGUGAUGAGCAGAAAAGAAUGCUGUUGAAACAGAAGGAGCUUCCUCAGGGGGGUGUUACGUAUAGGCCUCUUCUGCAGCACAAUCAGGAUCAAAAUCCUGGAACUGUCACCAGGGCAUCAAACUCUGUCCAGGCAUCAGGUCCAGGAACUCAGCCUCCGCCUGCUUCGAUUGCUAGUAACCAUGGAAAUGUUGUGUAUAUUGGUAGCCAGCAGCAGGCUGCUGUCAUGAAACAGCAAAUUUUGAUGGGUCAGCAGAAGCAACGAGAGCAGCAAUUACAGUUGAUUGAGCAGCAAAAGCAGCAAUACCUGCAGAGACAACAACUGCUGGCAGAGCAGGAGAAGCAAAGAAAGCAGCAAGAGCAACAGUUGCAGAGACACCUCACAAGGCCCCCACCUCAAUAUCAAGACCAGCAGCAAAAUCAGUACCGCGUUGAGCAAGUUAGCCAGUUUCAGAGUCCCCCUCAAGUUCUUCAGACGGUUGGAAAUCUGGCUGCAGCGAAUGCAAGCAGCUCACGGUUGUUCCCUCAGAAUCAAAAUAUGAUCCAGAUCGGGCAAAGCCAGAGUUCUGUCUCCUCCAGUAGCUCUGCUGCUGGUCAGUCAGAACUAGGAGCAUCUCAGUAUGGUAAUAUGCACAAUGUCCAACAGGGAAUAUACAAUGUGGGGUCAAAUGUGAACCAGAUGCUUCCACAUUCUGCCCAAGGCACAAUUGGAAAUGGGCAGCAUUCAAAUCCAUUGCAGAUGCAACCUAAUAUGACUCAAGGAGCUCCAAUGGUAACAGGAUACAGUCAAAAUCACCUCAACAGCUCAAACCUUGCACAACAGCAACAUAACAAAGGAACGGUGAACCAGGCUGUAUCAAAGACCCACUUGCAGAGGCUACCAGGUGCUGUGGUAAGCCAAAAUCCAACAUGGCCGAAUCAGUCUUUGCAAAGCAUGAAUAACCAAAAUCAAACGAAUAGCAAUCUAGUAGCAUUCAGCAGUACCUCAACCUUCCAUGUGCGUCCAACUCGGCCUAAAUUUGCUAGCCAGCAGUUUGUGCAAGGAAUGUCUCGACCAGGUCUUUCUUCAGUCAGACCAGUGGGCUCCAUCAACUCAACUGUUGGUGACCAAGUCAUGCCUACAUUAGGUGGACCUCUGUCGCGGACAAAUCAGCCCUUGCAACAGAGUAUUCCUAGUUUAAACCAGUCCAUUCCGGAUAUGACUAACUUUGCUUCCAGCCAGCAAAUGGCCUCAAGGGGCAACCUCCAAUGCAACCAGGUUUACCAGGUAAGAGGCACCAGCCAGGAGCUACCUUUUAAUUAUGGUAACCAGUCUGGUAGCAGCGCAGUUCAGGCGUUACCUGGAGAUACAGACUUGAUGGACUCCCUAUUGAAAAACAGGACUACAGAGGAAUGGAUAAUCGAUUUGGAUGAACUGUUGGGAUCUCAUCAUUGAAGGGGGCUUGCUGAUCUUGUGUGUAAUCAGUGGGAAUAAGUGUAAUUUUUGAAUUUUUUUAUAUAAACAGUAUGGGACCAAAAAAAAAAGCUGUUACAAAACCCCUGUGGCACAUGGCAGGUAUAAAUGUAUGGUUGGGAACGGUAUUAUUGGGCAGGUUUUUUAAAUAACUCUAUUUUACUGCUAUAUGGGCAGAUUAUAACAUUUUUAUAUAAAACAUAGUUUUUUAAAAAGUUCCUUUAUUGUACACGGGUUGCCCCUUGCCAGUCAGGAAAUCCAUAUCAGAUCACAACUUCGAGUAGUCAUCUCUAUACGUGUUUAUCCAAACUUGCAGGAUUAUAAUCAAGUAAUAGAAAUGAAGAUUGUUGGAAACACAUAGCUGGUUUGUCAGUUUUUUUUAUAUACUUUUUUAAAAAGCCUACUUAAGCUAAUGAAGUGUAUGCAUCUCUCUUUCUUGAUGCAGGUUGGCCUCUUGUCCCCUUCAAAAGUUUUCCCAUUCAUUUCAUGUUUUAGUCCUUUACCUUUUUGUUGCAUCUAAGUAAGUAUUUUAUCAUUUGCCUGUCAUUUCCUUUACCCUUGACUUUGGAGGUGUCCUGCUCUUAUAGUCCACCCCACUUAUUCCUUGUAUGAAAGGAAGCAACCUAUAAAGUCACUGCUGUAGUAACACAUUUUAAACGGUUAAGUUAUUCAUGUACUGUUCAUGUUUCUGUGUUGAACUUUUAUGUCGCUCACCUACAGCAUUUAAGGGGGCCAUUGGCCCAUCAGGUCUGACAUGAAAUCAUUCGGCCUAAGCCCACUUUCCAACCCCUGGUCUGUCUCCAUGGAGUUUAUGGCACUUCAAGUAUAUCAGGUUAUUUCUAAAUCUUAGAGUGGUGUAGGCAGAAACUUUAUCAGGCAGUGGGUUCCAGAGCCACUCCAUCCUAGUGAAAAUAAUUUUCCUGUAAUCCCCACUGAACCCCUUCCCUCCUUAAUCAGAUAAAGUGAAUAGGAAGGAGCCUUUAAUUUUAUACAUUUUAACUUCUGUUCGAAAGGAAACAAUUGCAGUGUGUCCAGUCUUUCCUCACAAUUCAAAUUCUCCAGUCCAGGUAGCACUCCAGUGCAAUCAUAUCUUUCUUUUUGUGCUGUGAGCCAGUCUGUUUUGUGCUGAUUUUGUUGUCUCCAUGAUUUUAGGUUUUCUGUUUUGGUUAAUAGAGGCAAUAUUUUUGUAUUCCUCUUUGAUUAAUGAGCUACCCAUACUUCCUACUUUUUAAGUGUGAUCUCAACUUCCUGUCAUGUAACUUGUUUGAUUCCAAUUUCAUUUAGUUUUCUUUCCUGUACACUUUCUUGCUUUUUAUAUGGCUUUCUAGCCAAAUUCAGCAACAAAGGUAUGAGGAUUUUUAUGAAUUGCUCACUACAAAAUCAUCACGCAUCUUAUUUUAUCAUUUAUUUUCCAGCAACGUAUGUUGUGCUAGGUCACAAAGGGCACUGUUUUGUUGAUACGAAACUGCAGUCUAUAAAAAUGGCAGGUUUGCUUCCCUAAAAUGCAUUAUUGAACCGAUGUUUCAGGUGGUUUGACAAAUUUGUGGUUGUGCACCAAAUUGUAAAAUUUAUUUCUAGAUCCCUUGUGAAAAAUAUAUUCAAAUUAUUAUAUUUCUCUCAAUGGGAUUUGAAUUCAUGUGUUCUGCAUUGUUAGUUUGGUAACAUAACUACACCACUGUACCCCAUGGAAAUGAUCACUGUUCUCUUGCUCACGGGAGGUAAGAAAUGAUACUGCAAUUGGCGCAUUCUUAAAUUAUAGUUGCAACACAUCUGCAUUGCUGUAUUGAAAGUUCAUUGCACUUUACUUUUUUGUUUGCUUCAGAUUCCCCCGCUCCCCUAUAAAUUUGGAUUGGGUUGUGGUUGGGUCGGGGGGGGGUGGGUAUGAGUUACUGUAUGUAAAGGCAUUUGUGGCACUGUGGUCUGAUUGGGCCUAUAGUCAAUCAAUUGAAUAAACUUCAUUGGAAUGUUUCAAAAUCCUGACCAGACUUGGUUCAAGCUUUUACAAGUAGUUUGAAAACGUUUAAUUGCACUAUGCAUUCAGUGACUGUCUCACGCUCAUUUUAUCUUGUCCAGGGCACUGAGAGUGUAGCAAUAAAAGGGAGGUUUUAUCAUUUACUGGUGCCUCAGAUAUGCUCCAAUGUUCUGUAUUGCUGUUUUGGAGGCUUGUGCCACAUUUGUCUGUUAACUUGUGGAUAUUUAUGUAUCGGAUAAGUUUGUUUUGAGGGGGGUGGGGGGGUAUAGUAUUUUUUUUCACUUGACUGGUGCAGGUGCAGAUUAUCAGGAUGAAAUGGCAAGAUAAAGAUUGAAAAUCAGCCAUUCAUUUUCCCAACCAUCCAUUUCCCAUGGUUGAAAUAUUCUAUAGCAAAUUUGUUGAUUUCCAAUCAUGGUGCUUGCAGUAUCUUAAAGUUUAAGUCAGUCAGAUUGUGUGCGUAUGUAUAUAAAUGUUUACAUUUUUAUAAAAGAAAAAUUGAUAAAAGUAUUUAGUUCCUUGUCUGUAAUAUAUUUUUGCAUUUUAUAGUUUAAAACAAAACUCAUUUCUUGGUAUGUUUUUUUUGUAAGUCUUAACUCUGCAAUUGUAUUGAUAUUGACUGUACUCGCUCUGUCUAAUCUUCAUUUUGUAUUCAACUGUAAUGUUAGACUUUGAACCCCCACCAUUUGAACUAUUACAGGUCGGUUCCUGGGGGAAAUAACCAAUGGCCAAAUCUGGUUUUACAGUCAUACUCUCCCUCAGAAUUGUUUUUUAAAAAGAUUAAUUUAGUGUGUCCAGAAUGUAAUCUUUAAUAAAUAUUCCAUAUGUGUAUGUCAGAUUAUAAACAUCAGGUUAGUUAGUUCACCUGAGACUUGUUUUAUCUUGAUAUCCAUUUUUGUUUUGAUUGAUCUCAUUCAACUUGCAUUCUCAUUGAACCUAUCAUAUCCCUGUGCAGAAAUGAAUCUAAUUACC